GUCCCCCCUUCCUUCCUCACGGCAGUCACGCUGUCAUUAGUCGCCGGCUCCCUAGCCCUGACACGAAAGCCUAAAAAAUGAAGAUCUGGGCGUCAGAGCACAUUUUCAACCAUCCAUGGGAGACGGUGACCAAGGCAGCGAUGCAGAAGUACCCCAACCCCAUGAACCCCAGUGUGUUUGGUGUGGAUGUUCUGGACAGAGGCGUGGACACAGAGGGACGGUUACACAGCACCAGACUGCUCAGCACAGAGUGGGGGCUCCCCGCCAUGGCCAAGUCUAUCAUCGGGGUAACAAGAACAUGCACUUAUGUUCAGGAGCAUUCGGUGGUGGAUCCUAAAGAGAAGACCUUUGAGCUGAAAUCUACAAAUAUCUCCUUCACUAACCUGGUAUCUGUGGACGAGAAGCUGACAUACAAACCACAUCCGCAGGAUCCUGAAAAGACGGUGCUCACACAGGAGGCUCUGAUCAGUGUGAAAGGUGUCAGUCUGAGCAGCUACCUUGAGGGUCUCAUGGCAAAGACCAUCUCUGUGAACGCCGGCAAGGGCCGGGAGGCAAUGGAGUGGGUCAUCAGACGAUUAAACACUGAAAUUGAGGAGUUGGCGGCGACUGCCCGUGGAACUAUACGAGUUCCCAUGGCAGCAGCUGUUGCAGACAAAUGAUCCCGGCCUUCCCCAGCUUCCCUCUCCACCAUCAUGAACCAAUGGACCUCUCGGACAUUGCCUCUCACCUCACCCGCCAGCACAGCCGAAUAACCACAGCCCCAUCCUUUGGCCCUACGUAUGUUUGUGUGUGAAUGUCACAAGAACUCGCUGUUCGUCCCUCCUCAGCAGUCUGCACCGACGAGUUUGAUGCUCGCCGCUGUGGGCAGUGACGGGGAGAGUUGAGCUGAUGACAGUUAAAAAAAAAAAAGCAUACAGGGUUGAAGUGGACUGCACUUGAAGCUCAUAGGACUUAGUCUUGUGAUGUUAAAGCUCUUUUUUUAAAUAAUUCACACUGUGCCUCCACAUCAUCUCAUCAGUUUCCUCUCCUGUGUUUUUCUCCCCUUCAUCUUCUACUUUUCAUUUCUCUCUCACGUUCUCCUUUUGUCGUUUCCUGGUAAACAAGUUGAAUUGUGGUAACAGCUGGGAUGAAGUCACUAACUUUUUCUUUAUUGGCUGACUUCACUUUGUACGACAGAACUGACCGAAAUGUCUCAAAACCAAGAGCGCAACAGAGGCUGUAACAACUUAUAAAAGUAACAGAAACGCUGAAGCUCUGGGCUUUAUUCUCCACUGUCCUGUGAGAUCAGAUGCUGACACUCAAAGUCUUAUGUCAUCAGGUGGAAGUCUACCAGUUUUCUGAGUGGGUGUGAGUAAUCCAGAAUACUUGUAGGUGCAGGACGAAGACCAGCUAAGGCUUGUUAUUUGUCCAGAGUGUCAAAGCAUUUAAACGAAGCGUGGCACAGCGUUUUGCUGCCGAUGCGGGUCGGUAUGCUGAAGACAUCAGCAUGGUGGACUGGUCUUCUUAUGCUCUUUCUGGUCUUGUUCUUGGUACAAAUGACUUGAUUUCUGAAAGCCUCUCUCUUGUCCUUUUUAAUUUUUUUCUGUCACACUGAUGAUGUGCUGUAUAGUUUAAUGUUACAGUAUAAGAAUGUGCAUACUUGAAUGUCUAACUUAUUGUCAGCGUGUAUACUUAAAUACACUUGUAGUAGCAGGAAGGCCUUACAGUGCAGAGCUGCGAAAUGAGUGUACGAGCACCGAACAACAUGUUUGCGUUCACGUGUUUCAUGUGCUGUGAACACUCACCAGUGUUGUAGGAGGAGCUCUACAGGGUCAGUUCAGGAUCGCUGAGUGUGCCAACGUAAUAACUGAACCGGUUUAAUACCCCAGAACACUUUCAAACUUUACUUAUGAUCAUGAACAAACCCACUCUGUACUUCAUCCUGCCCAUAGAUGUUAUUUAUAGUGUAUUUGUAUUAGUGAGCAUUGACAAAGGCUAUUUAAUAGAUUGAUUUUAAAUGCUGUUUAGCUUGUGGUGUUUUUAUACUAACGUUGUCCUUUCUUACCCCACAGCAGUCUCAGGUGUUACAUAGGUGACCUUUGUUCAGUUUCCCUGUUUGCUUCUACAGACGACACACUGAGAUGAAGGUGACAUAAAAAGCCUGUAAUUCUUAUUUGUUCUUCCCUUUUCUUCUCUUCUCUCUAGAAAUUUUUACAUGGACAGGUGUACGAAUUGAAGUUUACAUUAAAGGGAUUUGUGGCACAAGUAGUGCUAUUUUAGUGUUACAACAUCCGUUAAUGGAGCUCAGCAUCACAAGUCUUCUGAGAUGCUCCACAGUCAGUAUCUUCCCUCGCUGUCAUGGUCUCAGUUAGUUCAGUAGCGCUUUGUAUCUACAGGAUGUUGAUCUUUUUCACACCUGCUCCCAGUUCAGCCAAGCUUCUUUUUUAAAAGCUUAUUCAUAAAUAACCAACUGGUGUUCCAGCUUGUCACAUGUCGUCCAGCUCAGGAUGAAACUGUUUGAAGUCCAGCUGCCUAACUGACCCAUCAGCCAGUCAGUAUCCACACAGUGUCUCCUCUCAUCAAUGAAGUGAUAUUGUUCUUUUUUCCUAAUGGGAACAUUUUGGGAACAGUGGAUGUAAAUAGGCUUAUAUUUAUAUUUUGGUGGUGUUACAUUCCAAGAAUGUGAACAUGUAACAGAAUCUAAAGAGUGCACAUGGAAAUGUUUCAAAAUAAAGAGAUGUCAUUGUUUCAUGAA